AUACAAUAUGAUAUGCGGUGUUGGGCAUGUUACGUUUUUACUAAAUUUACUUAACUUCUCACAAAUCUAUCAAAUUCUAAAUAUUAUUGUAAAUAUUUUCAACUCUCUAUGGACACCUUGGAAAAAGAAUCGGCAUAGUAUUUUUAUAGCAUUAUAAUAUGUUGUGCUAAUUCAGCAUUGUAAGAUGAUAUAACCUUAAUAAUUAGAAUAAAUAAUAAUAAAUCACGUUGUCUGCGUUCGCUCAAAUUGAUUUGCUGAAUCCCAAAGGAAGGAUCGACAGGGAAAUACAAUGAAGAAUAUUGUUUACAUGUAGCGUGUCAAUCCUGUGUUUUAUAUGAGACUCUCUAGCUCUGUAUGCAUCUUUGCGUAUGCGAGUCAAAGCGCCGGUGACCCGUGAGCCUUCACACUAGAGCAGGGGUCACGAAGUUCGGUGCAGAGUUUAGCUCCAACCCUAAUCAAACACACCUGAAGCAGUUAAUCAGGGUCUUACUAUAGGUAUACUUCUAGGCAGGUGUGUUGAGGCAAGUUGGAACUAAACUCUGCAGGACACCGGCCCUCCGGCUUUAAGUUUGAUGACCCCUGCACUAGAGUUUAUGGUACGUCAAAUACAAAGAGCACUGAACUCUUUCUUCGAGGCUCAUAUGGACUCGGUCUUUGAUGUUGAGGAGGAUGCAGAGGAAACUAAAGAUGUGUCUGGAAAUAAGAGAAAGGAGAUGAAUUCCUCAGAUACUGCUGAUACUUUAGGAACAAAGAAGAAAUUUAAGGCGGACAAGAUGGAUUGCAUUGACCUGACAGCUGAGGAACCUACCUGCUCCAGCAGUGUGAUCCCCCAAGAAAGUCGGGCUGAAAGUGUUGUAACCCAGUCUAAUACGGAGGACAGCAAGCUCUCUGUCAUCAGCUGGAACGUGGAUGGUUUAGACACCUUAAGUCUUGCAGAGCGCGCCAGGGGCUUGUGUUCGUAUCUAGCUCUAUACACACCAGAUGUGGUCUUUCUUCAAGAACUCAUUCCAUCUUAUAUUCAGUAUCUUAAGAAACGUGCCGUCAGCUACUUGUUUGUUGAAGGAAGCGACGAUGGAUACUUCACAGGAAUAAUGUUGAAGAAAUCCAGAGUAAAAUUUCUGGAAAGUGAGAUCAUCUGUUAUCCUACAACACAAAUGUUGAGAAAUCUAUUAGUUGCUCAGGUGACUUUCUCAGGUCAGAAGCUGUACGUGAUGACAUCACAUUUAGAAAGCUGUAAGAACCAAUCAGAGGAGAGAAUGAAACAACUGCGAGUUGUGUUUCAAAAGAUGAAGGAAGCACCAGAAGACGCUACUGUCAUUUUUGCCGGGGACACCAAUCUCAGAGACUCUGAGGUGGUAAAGGUGGGAGGUUUGCCUCCAGGUGUGUUUGAUGUUUGGGAGCAGCUGGGCAAACAGGAGCACUGCCGAUACACCUGGGACACCAAAGCAAACAGCAAUAAGACUGUGCCUUACAUCAGCAGAUGUCGUUUCGACCGCAUCUUCCUUAGGUCUGCUAAAACCGGCCCAAGAGUCGCUCCUGACCACAUGGUCCUGGUCGGAAUGGAGAAACUGGACUGUGGCCGUUACACCAGUGAUCACUGGGGAAUUUACUGCACUUUCAAAACAUGACUAUAACAUCCCCAAGGACUACAUGUCUCUCUUAUAGAAGCUGGUUUUAAAGAGUGUUUGUACCAAAAUAAAGAAGGAGAAGAGUGCCUACAAA